UAUCUCCAAUAUUUUGUCACCUAAAACACUUCUUCUACUUCAGCUUUAGCUAGCUUCGUUGUUGCUUACUGAAACUUUUCUCUCUUUAUUUAUCAAAUUUAUGGGGAAUUGUUGUUCUUUCCAGUUUACUGUUGAUGAUCUAAUAAAAUUAUAUAGUUUAUUAUGUGGGAUCAUCAACAGAGACUCUCCUGGAGUGGAGGAGAUGCCUACUCAGCCUACGGUUGGUCAGGAAGAAAUGUUUGAGAAGGCCUGGAAACGCUUAAUGGAAGAUGGAGUUGGAAUCUUGGGACUGCACGGUAUGGGUGGUGUGGGUAAAACUACCCUUUUCAAAAAAAUCCACAAUAAGCUCUUAAAUAGUACUUUUGAUGUUGUGAUCUGGAUCGUGGUAUCUCAAGGUGCAACGAUAUCAAAGCUUCAAGAAGAUAUUGCAGAAAAGCUACAUCUUUGUGGCGACGAGUGGAAGAACAAGAAUGACAUUGAUAAGGCCACUAAGAUACACACUGUUUUAAAGGGGAAGAGAUUUGUUUUGAUGCUAGAUGAUAUAUGGGAGGAAGUGGAUUUAGAAGCCAUCGGAGUACCGUUUCCAACCAGAGAAAAUGGAUGCAAAGUAGCAUUCACCACUCGUUCCCGGGAAGUAUGUGGACGGAUGGGGGACCAUGAACCUAUGCAAGUCAAUUGUUUGAAACGAGAUGAAGCAUGGGAACUGUUUAAAACCAAGGUCGGAGACAAUACCUUAAGAAGUGAUCCCGGAACCGUCGAGCUAGCCAAAAAGGUUGCUGAAAAAUGCGAUGGUUUGCCACUGGCGCUUAGUAUCAUUGGUAAAGCAAUGUCAUCUAAAAAUACAGUACAAGAAUGGGAGCAUGCAAUCGAUGUUUUGACUACAUCUGCUGCAAAGUUUUCGGGCAUGGAAAAUAAUAUUCUUCCAAUUCUCAAGUUCAGUUACGAUAGCUUGAUGGAUGACAAUAUCAAGUCCUGUUUCUUGUAUUGUGCUCUGUUUCCAGAAGAUUUUAAGAUAGAAAAAAGAAGUUUGAUAAACUAUUGGAUAUGCGAAGGAUUCAUCGGAGAAGAAGAGGAUAUUAAAAGAGCGAGGAAUAAGGGUUAUACGAUGCUCGGCACCCUUAUCCGUGCAAACUUACUAACUGAAGUUAGGAGUCGGUAUGGUGAAAGUUGUGUUAUGAUGCAUGACGUGGUUCGCGAAAUGGCUCUGUGGAUUGCAUCCGAUUUUGGGAAACAGAAGGAGGCUUUUGUUGUGCGAGCAAGAGUCGGAUUAGUUGAAUUACCAGAAGUCAAGGAUUGGGGAGCUGUGAGAAGAAUGUCACUAAUGAAUAAUAAAAUUGAAGAGAUAACAUGCAGACGUUCCAAUUGUUGUGAACUUACAACUCUGUUCCUCCAAGAGAAUAAAUUGAAGAAUCUCUCUGGUGAAUUCCUUCAGUCUAUGAAAAAGCUAGUUGUUUUGGAUUUAUCGUAUAAUAUCGACUUGAGUGAACUUCCAGAGCAGAUAUCAGAGCUGGUCUCCUUGCGGUUUCUUGAUUUGUCGGAAACAGGUAUAGAGCAACUACCGGUUGGUCUCCAAGAAUUGAAAAAGCUAACUUACCUAGGUUUAUUUUUUACAAAUAAACUUUGUAGUAUCAGUGGGAUAUCAAGGUUGCUGAGUUUAAGAAUGUUGAAUCUGGUAAGCUCUAAAGUUCAUGGAGAUGCUAGUUUAUUAAAGGAGCUGCAGCUCUUGAAGAAUCUACAAGAUUUAAGGAUAACUCUAUCGGCGGAGUUAAGUUUGGAGCUAAUAUUAGGAAAUCAAAGGUUGGCAAACUGCAUAACUACUAUGGAUAUUAUCGAUUUUCAAGAAAAGCCACUCCAGAGUAUUGAGAAUCUUCUUAGCCUAUGGGCGAUAAGUAGCCAUGUCUCGGAGAUUAACAAUCGGACAAUUCCAUGCUUUACCAACCUCAUCGCCGUGAAUAUAAACAAGUGGCAUAGCAUGAAGGAUCUGAGUUGGGUAUUGUUUGCUCCAAAUCUUGUCUCCCUAGAGAUUGAAGAUUCAAGAGAAGUGGAAGAAAUAAUAAACGAAGAGAAAGCAACCAAUUUUAAAGGUAUUACACCAUUUCUGAAACUAGAAUACUUAGGUUUGGAAGAUUUGCCGAAGCUUGAGAGUAUCUGCUGGAGUCCUCUCCCCUUUCCAUUUUUGAGGCGCAUAAGUGUAAGGGAUUGUCCAAAGCUGAGAAAGCUGCCCUUAAAUGCUACAAGUGUCCCACGACUUGAUGAAUUUGGAAUACAUAUGCUGGAUCCAAAACAGAUGUAUGACCUUGAAUGGGAGGACCAAGAUACCAAAAAUCGAUUCAUGCCUUCCAUAGGACAGCAUAUUGCACGGUAUGUGGUCAUAGAUUCUGUCUAAAACCAGAAUCCACGCUUCUUCUUCUUCUUCUACUACUAUUUUCUUAUUUGAUUGUAUCGUUUGCUUUACUCUUUCA